AUGGGUCGUGCGAAAGUGAAGUUAGAACUGAUUGCAACGGAAAGAUCUCGUAACACCACUUUCCAGAAGAGAAAAAAGGGUCUAAAGAAGAAGACUUAUGAGUUCUCCACGCUUUGUGGUGUUGAUGCAUGCUUGAUCAUCUUAGGGCCCAACCAAGGUGACCGUGUGGUCGAACCAGAGACUUGGCUAGAGAACCGUGAAGAUGUCCUCAACAUCAUUGAUCAAUUUAGAAAGAACUGCACAGUUGGACCGGGGAAGCGACAUGUAGACAUCCCUGAUUUAUUGGAAGACCAAACUAAGAAGGUUCGUUUCAAAUUGGCCGAGUUGCGCCAAUGGAAAGACAAAGAUAAGUAUCCUACAUGGGACGACCGUAUCAACAAUUUCUCUAAGGAUCAACUCAUGACCCUCGUUGCAUCGUUGGAUUCGAAGCUUGAACUUGUGAAGUUGAUGAUUGAUCUCAAUGAAAUAAACCACAACCCCUUAGAUGAUGUCAUAGGAUUGAUAGGAUACUCUGUCCCACCAAUGAAUCAAAAUCCUCCGCUUCUUCCUCCUCCUUAUGUGGAUUUUUCUAAUACCAGUACAAUGGAUGACAUACACAUGCAGAUGCAACAUCACCACCGUUUGUCCAUCGAUUAUGGCCAUCUGAUCAACGGUAUGGAUUUCGUGACCAACUGCUAUGGUGCAUCUAAUAGCAUUAUGCCUUAUCAUGUACCUUCGAUGUCUAGUCAGAUCUAUUACAAUCCCAUGUUGCCAACUUGUAAUGAGAAGGCCAUCAUGCUCAAUAAUACAGAAGGAGGGCCGGUGCCUUGCUACAUCUCUCCAAACAUGCAGCCAAUGAUGCAUCCCUAUUUUGCACCAUCGAUGCAUCAGAUCAAUGAGUUUUCUGAUUUGCAGGAUUAUCACCAGGUUCUGGAUCAUCAUCAGCCAUAG